GUUUACGGCACGUAAAAAUACCGCGCUUUUAAUUCUCACAGAAAGUGAUGGCCACAAGCGUUUUGUCUGGCGAUAAAACACGAUGUCCUCCUGUGAAAGUGUUAUCCAGUCAGCUGCGUGAGGGGUGUCAGGCAUCAAAUACAAAGUCUGAGUAUGUUAUUAAAAGACUGGGAUCAGACACAGCGAGUUCAUUACGGGUGUCUGUGGUCUGGAUGCAGGGGACUGUGGUGGAGGUCCAGUCUGAUCUCAAUACUUUACUGAUGCUUGAUGAGACGGGAAACUUCCUCGUCACUGGAGUUAACAACGUGCCAAAGGGAAAACCGUGCCUUAGUCCUGGUAAAUAUGUAAUGGUUAUGGGGGUCAUUCAGUCUCAUAGUCCCGAACCAGUGCUACGUGCUGUCAAAAUGGCAGAUCUUUCUGAAAACGCAACGAUUCACAGAAAAAACUGGAUCUAUGAAGUGGAGGAUCUUCAGCAAAUUUUGCCAUGAAUCUUUUUUAUGUUUGUGUAUUUGUUUAUUUAACUUAUGAGAGUGUUAAACCACUAGUAGGGUUUUGUAAAGCAGAUUGCAGAAACUAUGAAAUAUGCACCUUGUUUUAUCUGGGAUGCGUGUAUAUGUAGUAUUUGUUUUAUCUCAAAAUCAGGUAACAGAAUAAAGAUAUGCAUUGAGCCUUGUAAGCAUUA